AUGGAGAAAGCUCUACCUUCCCCCGAUAUCUCACCGCGACCAGGACUCGAUGCCUUCCAAGACGCGCGCGCUAUCAUACGGCUUACGCAAUGCUCCAUCUGUUCUUUACCUCUGAGAUCUCCUAGGACCUUACCUUGUGGCAACUCACUCUGCCACAAAUGUAUGCCUGAAUGCUACAUUCGCCAAAACAUCUCAUACCCUAGCGUUGUCGGUCGACGGGAGGGAUUUUCGUGCCCUUUUCCGGAUUGCCGGAAGGAACAUUCUGCUGCCGACUGUAAUUUGGAUGUUACACUGGCGAAGGUGAUGGAGGUUGUGGAUAAGGAGCUGGGAUCACAGACACGGUUUCCGGAGGACACGGCGUUGGAGGUGGUUGUGAAUGUUGAUUGCACAGGUGGUUAUGAAGAGCGGAAAAGGCGGAUGUAUGGGGGACGGUUGGCUGCUAUAUAUGCCCUUUCAAAGCAGGGGGAAUUGUACUAUGACGAGGAUGCAACAUGCACUCCGCUGGUGGGCGACAACUUUGGUCCCUCCUACCUCGACUACGACGCUCUCGAGAGAUUAAUGGACAAGGCUCGAGCGGAUUUGGAGUGUCAGGUUUGUUAUGGAAUGCUUUUGGAUCCCGUCACCACUUAUUGUGGCCAUACUUUCUGUCGUGGAUGCUUGGAGCGGGUUUUGGACCAUUCUCGACAUUGUCCUUCCUGCCGACGGUUGAUGCACCUUCCAUCUAUCCUACCGGCACAGUCUAGCAAUAAGAGGCUAACAGAAUUACUGGUGGGGUUAUGCCCGGAGGCUCUGUCCCAACGAGCAUUGGCUGGGGCUAUGGAGUCGAUGGCUGGGAAUGGUGAUGGUGGACUGUCGACUCCAAUAUUUGUCUGUACGGCCUCUUAUCCUGGAAUGCCUACCCCUCUACAUGUUUUUGAGCCUCGCUACAGACUCAUGGUGCGACGAGCUUGUGAGAGUGGCGCAAGGAAAUUCGGAAUGUUGUUGCCGAACCGCACGGGUGCACCGCAGGGUGAUCUUGGUGUCACGCCCUUCAUGCAGUAUGGGACCAUGCUGCAGAUUGAAGAAAUAAACAUGUAUCCAGAUGGCCGCAGCGAUGUUUGGACCGUUGGUGUUUCACGUUUCAGGGUCAAGAGAUGGGGUAUUCGAGAUGAGUAUAUCGUGGCGGACGUGGAACGCGUAGACGACAUCCCGAUCAUCGAGGAGGAGGCCAUCGAAGCGCUGGAGACAGCUCUCUGCCUGUCUGCUGCUCAGGAAGUGCAUGCCUCUUGGAUGGGUUUGCCCACGCAGACCCUAUUGCAUAUUGGCCACCAAUUCGUCGACCAGAUGCAAGCGAUAUCGGCUCCAUGGCUCCAUGAAAACAAUAUCCUGGCCUUUGGACAACGACCGGAUGAUCCAGCUCUUUUUCCGUAUUGGCUCGCGAGUGUUUUGCCGGUGACCGAAACGGAGAAAUACCGUCUGUUGUGUUCCACUAGUGUCAGAGAACGACUGCAAAUUGUGGUAGGCUGGAUCAAGAAAAUCGAAACUCAUCGCUGGUAAUACUCCACCCAAUCAUAUCCCAUGCGGGCCAAUUUGAUAUCCACCGCAUCUCUAACGUAUGAUAGGUUCUCUGCUAGUACUUGCGUUAUUAUCUGAACUCUACCCACAUAAACCAAAACGCGAAAUCCAAAACAUUCAUAGACAGACACGCACCCAGCAUUACCUUACUGCACUCGUACAUUUACUCUUCAACCUCGUACCUCCGGUCUUUUUUGACCAUUUUUUUAUAUAACUUCACCGCUUGUUGUUUGUGUUUCUCGUUACUACUUUUUUUUUCUUUUUUCCUUCUCGUUCCAUGCAGGUGGCGUAUUCUCGAUCGCCAAUUGUACUUGACCGUGUUUUUCCUGUCGCUUUUUUUUUUUUUUUCCUUCGGCGCUUUCUGGAGCAUUUGGUUUUUUCUUUUUUCUUUUUAAUCCAGUUUGGGAGACUUGCACGAUAUAUUUAACGUUUUUUCUACUUAUCGUCUUCACCAUCGUCAUCACCACCAGUCCUUAACCAAAACUGUGGAUACUUCGCCUUUUUCCUUUUCACUCCCGGAGGCACAAUUGCUUUGUCGAUGUUAAACUUCAGAUCUCCUACUCUAUUUUUUGGUCUUAUUUUCGGAAAUUUCCACGUUCGGCAUGGUACUUUACUUUUCUUGGGGUGUUAUGCAUGGCAUCGGUGGG